AUGAAGGAGGAAGGCAAUGGGAGUCCUCCUCCUCGAGAGGAGACCUCUACCACCACCACAAUGAAGGAGGAAGGCAAUGGGAGUCCUCCUUCUCGAGAGGAGACCUCCACCACCACCACGAUGAAGGAGGAAGGCAAUGGGAGUCCUCCUUCUCGAGAGGAGACCUCCACCACCACCACGAUGAAGGAGGAAGACAAUGGGAGUCCUCCUUCUCGAGAGGAGACCUCCACCACCACCACGAUGAAGGAGGAAAGCAAUGGCAGUCCUCCUUCUCGAGGGGAGACCUCUAUCACCACUACGAUGAAGGAGGAAAGCAAUGGGAGUCCUCCUCCUCGAGGGGAGACCUCUACCACGAUGAAGGAGGAAGGCAACAGACGUGAUGAUGAUGGUGAUACCCAUGGGAAGUCAGCUACAGCAAAGGUCUCUAGCCCCCAUGAGGAUGAUGAAGAAGCAUGUGAAUCAUCUAAUGAGGAUAUGACCACCUCCGAUGAGGACUGGCCGAGCCCUGACGAUAUUGCAGCGGGGAUAUUGGACAACAGCGACUGGGCUGCACAGUGUAUUCAAUCCGGCGCUGGACGACUUGAAGAGUUCAUGAGAGGGUUCACAGAUUAUACGUUCCCUGAAGACUCAGCAGUAGUGGAGGAGCCGAGCUCGAGUGAGGAUAACGAAGACGCGAAAGCUGUCAUUGAGGGGUUGAAGACAGCUACAGGAGCGAUAGCAUCAGCGGCUAACUCGGCAGUGGGAACAGUAGGAGGUUAUAUAGUCCGCGCGGGGAGCUCAGCGUUACAGGGCUUGCGAGAGGAGAUGAAGGAUGAUGAUAACUUCACUGCUGCUGAUAAAGUCGGUAGUGCUGCUGUGACUGGACUAGCUAAGGUCCUCUCUGGGUUAUCAUCGGCUAAGUCGGACCUAGAGGGUGUUGCUGCUGACGAGGUCUCUAAAGCGGCAGCUAGACGGUAUGGCAAGGAUGCAGGUAUCAUGGUUCGAGACAGCCUAGCCACAGCAGGCAACGCGACUUCGUUGUUAUCAGUGGCUACUCCUUCGAACGUCAUAUCAAAGGGGAUGCAACAAGCGUCCCCUUCUACUGUUGCCACGGCGUCAGUCCAAGACGCGGACUUGCUCGGAUUGAGUGAAGACGAGCAAACGGUUGAACCUGCAGUAGAUCAGAAGAGCCUUCCCGAAGUUCCGAUGGCUGAGAAAACAUUGGAGAGCACUUCGGAGGGGUUAAAGAUGAUUGAGGAUAGCCGCUCGGUUGCGGAAAAAGAGUCGACCGGGGAGACUAGUGAGAGCGUGUCGGGAGUAUGUGAAGAUGCAAUUGGCUCGAAUGCUUCUACUGAGGCUCCAGCUACGGGGCGUGAGGAGGACGCUGUUCUACCUCUGUGAGGAUAGUAUAUGCUGUUACGAUGAUGAUUUCGAGCUGUGUUCACGUCGUUACGGUACACUGUUUAGCGCAUUUUAUUUGGCAUAGUUGAAUAGAAAAAGCACCAUUCUGUCAUCGGUGCUGUGCUCUUACCGUUAUAGUUUUAAUUCCUAUGGUUACUAUAAUAUGUAUGCAUUCUACCUGUUUCGGUAUAAGAAGCAGU